AUGUUCGUUCGCCCAGAAGCAAGCUGGCGCCGAAUGCUUACCCACCAACCACCUCUCUACCGAGUUGGUGUAUUUUACUCCAGCUGUACGGCUUUUUUCUGGGAGUGGAGUCAGGCAAAGGCAGACAUCCCGGACGAUGGGCUCCGGAUGGCGCCGCUCUUUGAAUACUUGAUUGAUAGAAACCCGGAUGAUUGGGCUUAUGGGAUGUCGAUCGAGAUGUUUUUCUUGUCUUCUUCCUCUACCGGGCUCCUUGCGUCGGAGAAACCAAAGAAUUGGCGUGAGGAUCGUGGAGCUGGUUGGACUUGGAAAGAAUUGAUGGGGCAAUUUGAUCUUGUGUUGCAGGUUAUAAUGAGUACGGAUUGUAUGGCUGAGAUGGAUUAUCAGGAGGAAAAGGAGGAGAGGGAGAAAGAGGCCAAGGAGAAGGGGAUGGAGCUUCCGGACACUGAUGUGGAUGUGUCGGAAAGAAUCCGUGAAUGUUAUCGGGAAUUGGGUGUGAGGAUGGAGGGCUUUCAGAUGGAGGAGUAUAAUAAAGGGAGUGGCGCGUGGUAG